UUCAGCAUCACGGUUUAGAGAAAAACAAUGUAUACAUUUUCUUCUUUGAUGGUAUUUAAUGAUAGAAAAUCAGUUAUAGAUUAGAAUAUACAUCAAUUGCAGGUCGUAUAAAAUUGGUGGCAGUAAACGUAUACAUUUUCGUCUUAAUAAGUGUAUUUAAGCAAGAAUAAUAUGGAUCCUUCAUGGUUGGCUAAUUUUAACAAUAUUGUUGUUGAAAAUACUGCAAGCAAGUCGUCAUUGAUGGUGGCAAAUUUUAAAUUGCUUAAAGUAGUGGACAAAAAUAAAAAAGAAAUUAAAAGAUUAAAAAGGUCAUUAAAGCAUAAAGAUGAACAAAUUUUGGCUCUUAGAAAUUAUAUUUCAGAGAUGAAAAAAGAAAAUCCUUUAACUAACGACGCCAACGCCACAGGCAUAUUAGAUUCAUUCGAAAAUAUGAAAAUGGACGAAGAAUCUAUUGAAUCCAAUGAUCUUACACCAGAAGAUGUGGAAAAAAGAAAAUAUUUUAAGUAAAAAAUGGAAUUCUGUUGCAUUAUAAGCAUAAGUUAUUUCUACGGACAGUAGGUACGCUUUACUAUAUCAAUCGAUACCUAGUAAAUAAUUUAUUGUUGAAUGAGACAUAUUAUGUAACCAUACUUUUUAUUUUUAUUGUAUA